UUAAAGUUGUAAGUUCUGUUAAUAAUCAUUGGCCCUUAAAUCGACUUGACUGAAAUGUCCGAAAACUUAAAUGAAUUCAACUCCGAUGAAUUGCAGGCACCUGAAUGGUUGAAUGAUGAUUUCUUUCUGAAAGUGUUGACAAACUGUGAAAACAAAACAAGCAAAAUCAUCUUGAAUAAUGCGAAAAUAUCGCCGGCCUCCAUGAAGGGGGAUCACUAUGCGAGUGUUAUGUUUCGUGCGUUGUUGGACUAUGAUUUGGAUGGCGUUGCUCAAACGAAGUCGGUGAUCGUGAAAACGAUACCCGAAACAGAGGGGCACAAAAAGGAAAUGUUAGACAAAUCGAAUAUUUUCGAAACGGAAAUAAAUAUGUACAACGAAGCUCUGCCACGUUUUGAGCAGAUUUUACGUGAUUGUGGGGAUAAUACAGUGCUUAAGCCAUCUUGCCUAUACAGCGCUUUGGAACCUAAGCAAGUCAUCGUACUUGAGGAUCUAGUGGCCAGCGGUUAUGAAGUGGUGCGGGAUCGUGUGCUCAGCGAGGAAGAGGUCAAAGCAACUUAUGCGAAGUUAGCCAAAUGGCAUGCCGUUAGUUACAAAAUUGGUCUGGAGGAGCCACAUUAUUUUGACAAAAUCAAGGGAGGCAUAUUCACGUUAAGCUUUUCAAUGGAUAUGCCAUUCCUUACGGAUGGCAUAAAAUAUUUUGUAGAUAUGUUGAAAGCAACACCAUCUCUGCAAGAAUACUUGCCAUACUUCGAAGCAAUUAAGCCAAAUCUCUGGGAAAAGUGUCGCGCCUCUUUUGCUGAGUACCGUGAGGCGCCGCAAGAGAACGGUUGCUAUGUGCUUUGUCACGGUGAUUUUCAUACCAAAAAUGCGAUGUUUAAAUAUCAAAAUGUAAGCAGAGAACUGGAAGAUGUAAUGCUCUUGGACUUUCAGGUUUCAUAUUUUGGUCCUCUUGCGAAUGAUUUGAUUUACUCACUUUAUUUACUGUUGGAUGAGAAUCUGCGCUUAGAGUUCAAUACUAUGUUGUACUACUAUUACACAGUAUUCAAGAGUACUCUAAUUAAAAUCGGCUUCACUGGCUCGUUACCCACAUUAGAGCAGAUACGUCAACAAUAUUAUCGUCAGAGAUACUUUGAACUUUUCAUUGUGGUAACAUUUUUGCCAAUUAGGUUUGCAUUUACUGACCAGGGCGAUCGUUGUGAAAAUGCGUUGACUUCCGAUGACUUCCGUCGCAAUAUGUACUACACAAAGGGGUAUUUAAAAUAUUUGGAAGAAAUUUUGCCGCGCUAUUUGCAUUUAGGUUACUUUGAAGAUUUAGUUUAAUUAAGAAGAAAAUAAUAUUUGAAUAAAACAAAUUAAA